AUGGACGGUAAAAAAGGUAAAACUUCGGGACAAAAAUCGGGUCGUAGCGCGACCAAAGACGGUCUUAGUGGGCCUAACGCUCUCAAGGAAAAUCACAAGCGCAUAAAACGAUUAAGAAAAUCUUCGCUUAGUCGGGCACAGCGAGAUUUCGCCGUUUUUAGUAAAGAUAACGGCCACUUUAACAAGUACGAAAACUUAGAGAUGGAUUCAAAUGGUGCCGGGACGGACAAAACUGGUAACAAAAAUAAAGAGCACGUAGUGCUCAUACAAGACGAUGGAACGGACACUCCUCGUGAAAUCGAUCUGGUUCAUAUUCCCAGCAGCUGCAGUAGCAACGAAAGUGAUUCCGGUAGUGCGUCUGUGGGCGAUGACUCAGAGAAACAGACGACAGCAACUUUGGGCGAAAACGGUACAUCAAAUGCACUGGACGACAACAAAGACUUCAUAUCGCUAAGUAUGAGCGAAUCCGAGAGUGAAAGUGACAAACAGGAGAAUGAAGGUGACAUUUCAGGCACCUUCGACUACGACAACUACGACGACGAGUAUCCCAGCAAAUCUCCAACACCAACACCAAAACAAAGACUCAACAGCGACUACCCGUGGAUUCUAAAUCAUGAUCAUUCCAAACAACGCGAAAUUGCAGACUGGCUAACCCUCGAGAUUAAGGAUUUUGUUUCGUACAUUUCUCCAAGCCAAGAAGAAAUUUCACUCAGAAACUCAACGAUCACGAAAAUAAGGUCUGCGAUCAAAGCUUUAUGGCCAGACGCUGAUCUUCAUGUUUUCGGUUCAUUCGCAACCGACCUAUAUCUACCAGGAUCGGAUAUCGAUUGCGUCGUCAACAGUAGCGCGGGUGACAAGGAAAACAGAAAUUGCCUCUAUUCCCUCGCAAGUUUCCUGAAACGACGCAAGCUAGCAACCCAGGUAGAGGUAAUAUCUAAAGCGCGGGUACCAAUUAUCAAAUUCGUGGAACCGGAAUCGCAGAUACACAUAGAUAUUUCCUUUGAAAGAAUCAAUGGUUUAGAGGCUGCUAAAACUAUACGUGGAUGGUUAACGCAGACUCCCGGAUUAAGAGAGCUUGUUUUAAUUGUGAAGCAAUUUCUCUCGGCGAGAAGGCUUAAUAGCGUGCAUACUGGUGGUCUAGGUGGGUUUAGUGUAAUUUGUCUGGUCUAUGCUUUCCUGCAACUUCAUCCCAGGGUUUUAAGCGGUGACAUAAGUACAGAUGAAAACCUGGGGAUCCUACUGAUAGAUAUGUUCGAACUUUACGGUAAGAACUUUGGAUACGACCAUGUAGCUUUAUCAGUACAGAGUGAUAGAGCGUCCUAUCUACCGAAAGACAGAUACCCAAGCUUACAAAAUCCCCGCACAUCAUUUUCUCUCGCUAUACAGGAUCCAGGUGAUCCUGACAACAACAUUAGUCGCGGUUCUUUCAAUAUACGGGAUAUCAAAAAGGCCUUUGCCGGUGCAUUCGACCUUUUGACAAACAGGUGUUUUGAAUUAGACGCUGCCACUUUCAAAGAUCGGGUUGGAAAGAGCAUUCUGGGUAAUGUCAUCAAAUAUCGAGGAAAACAGAGAGAUUUCAAAGAUGAGAGAGACCUGGUUGUCAACAAGGCGAUUGCUGAGAAUGAGUUGUAUCAUCGAAAGCGCGGCAGAAUUGUUCAUAAUGAGCUAUUCACAGAUGUAAGUGACGGGGAGGAAGAGCGCGAUAUAUAUGUGGUGGAGAAGCCGCCAAAGAAGAAGCAGAAAAAGAACAAAAACAAAAAGAAGGACGAACAAUCUAACGAGAAAUCUAGCGACGCUAAAAAACCAUCUAAUGAUGCUUCCAGCAAGUCUGGAGCUUCUUCUUCGAAGAGGAAGAACGUUGAAAGUCUUAUGGGACUAGAAGAGGAUAAUGAGGAAGAUGGGUAUGACCCACUUAGUUCUACCACGGGGUCGUUAGCAGAUGAUGUGAAUAAACCUGAUGUGGUGACGAAAUCGGUGAAUGCACAAACCAGGCGUGAUUACUGGUUGAGUAAGGGUCAAGCGCUAUAG